AUGCAGGCACCGGUGGUGGUUAUGAAUACCCAGAGUGGUGAUAGACAAACCGGACGAAAAGCACAGCUUUCGAAUAUCACAGCAGCCAAAACUGUCGCAGAUAUCAUUCGAUCAUGUUUAGGCCCCAAGGCUAUGUUGAAGAUGUUGCUGGACCCUAUGGGCGGUAUUGUCCUGACGAACGACGGUCAUGCCAUUCUCCGAGAAAUCGAGGUCUCGCAUCCAGCGGCGAAGAGCAUGAUCGAGCUUAGCAGAACACAAGACGAGGAAGUUGGAGACGGAACUACGACUGUCAUUAUCCUUGCCGGUGAAAUUCUUGCUCAAGCCCUCCCCCAGUUAGAGCGCAACAUCCACCCUGUUGUAAUCAUCUCCGCCUUCAAGCAUGCCCUCAAAGACGCCCUCGAAAUCAUCGACGAGAUCUCACUCCCAGUCGACAUCGAUGACGACAAGGCCAUGUACCAGCUAAUUUCCUCCUCAAUCGGCACGAAGUUCGUUUCCAGAUGGUCAGAAUUGAUGUGUAAUCUCGCCCUGCAAGCUGUCCGCACAGUAACCUUUGAAGUCGGUGGUGGUAAGAAGGAGGUCGACAUCAAGCGUUACGCACGAGUUGAGAAGGUCCCAGGCGGAGAAAUUGAAGACAGCAGAGUUCUGGAUGGUGUCAUGCUCAACAAGGAUAUCACGCACCCGAAGAUGAGAAGACGGAUAGAAAAUCCUAGAAUUGUCCUGUUAGAUUGCACGCUGGAGUACAAGAAGGGAGAGUCUCAGACGAAUAUCGAGAUCAGCAAGGAGGAGGACUGGAACAAGAUCUUGCAGAUCGAGGAGGAGCAGGUCAAGCUUAUGUGUGAUGCUAUUCUGGCGGUCAAGCCGGAUUUGGUAAUCACCGAGAAGGGAGUUUCUGAUCUUGCCCAACAUUACCUGCUCAAGGCCAACGUGACUGCGCUUCGCCGAGUUCGCAAAUCAGACACCAACAGAGUGGCACGCGCCACCGGUGCAACCAUCGUCAACCGGGUCGAAGACCUUCAAGAAUCCGACGUCGGAACCAAAUGCGGACUUUUCGAGAUUGAGAAGAUUGGCGACGAGUACUUCACUUUCCUAACUAAGUGCACGGAUCCAAAGGCUUGCACCAUCCUCCUGAGAGGUCCUUCAAAAGAUAUCUUGAACGAGAUUGACAGAAAUUUGGCGGAUGCGAUGGCUGUGGCAAGAAAUGUCAUGUUCCACCCCAGACUGUCGCCCGGUGGUGGUGCUACGGAGAUGGCUGUUGCGGUCAGACUUGGACAGCUUGCUAAGAGCAUUGAGGGUGUUCAACAAUGGCCUUACAAGGCUGUUGCGGAGGCUAUGGAGGUCAUUCCCAGAACGCUCAUUCAAAACGCUGGAGCCAGUCCUGUCAGAGUUCUGACUGCGCUGAGAGCUAAGCACGCUGAGGGUGGAAGCACGUGGGGUAUUGACGGAGAUACCGGAAAGCUUGUGGAUAUGAAGGAGUACGGUGUUUGGGAGCCGGAGGCAGUCAAGUUGCAAAGUAUCAAGACUGCUAUUGAGUCUGCGUGCUUGCUUUUGAGAGUAGACGAUAUCUGCAGUGCGAAGGCUGCACGACAAGCCGGUGGAGGUGGUGCGGGAGAGGAAUAG